UGUUUCUCUUGUCCUUGUCCCUUUCUCCAGAUCUUAAAAAAAGAAGGUUUCUCCACAUUUUCCAUCAUCUGGGUCCUCUCCAAGAUGGUGAAUUUCCUUCUUCCACAAGUUCCAAAUCUAACCUUUUUUUUUGUUUUUCAUUGUCUGUUUACUGUUCUUCAUCUCAUUGAUCCUCUGUUUUUUUUUUCAUUCCUCUGUUAUUGGAUUCUUUGUUGUUGAUCCAUUGUCAGAUUCAAAAAAGAUACUCAAUUCCGAUUUGAUCGGGAUUGAGAUUUUUUUUUUCAGACAAAAGUAGAUUUUCCAUGUUUCUCUGUCCGUAAAUCUCAGAGCUUUGAAUCUUUUAAGACACGAUCCAAGAUUUGUCUUAAAAUCAGAGCAAAAGAUGGAAUCUGUAUCGGAUCUGGGGAAGCUAUUCAUCGGCGGGAUUUCAUGGGACACAGAUGAAGAAAGACUUAGAGAGUAUUUUAGCAAGUAUGGUGAUUUGGUUGAGUCUGUGAUCAUGCGUGACCGUACCACGGGACGUGCACGUGGCUUUGGUUUCAUCGUCUUUGCAGAUCCUUGUGUUGCAGAGAGAGUGAUCAUGGAGAAACACAUCAUCGAUGGCCGCACGGUUGAGGCCAAGAAAGCUGUGCCAAGGGAUGAUCAGCAAGUGCUAAAACGGCACGCGAGUCCAAUGCACCUUAUGUCACCUAGCCAUGGUGGUAACGGACGAACCAAGAAGAUCUUUGUUGGUGGUUUACCAUCAAGCAUCACCGAGGCUGAGUUCAAGAACUACUUUGAUCAGUUUGGUACAAUCGCUGACGUUGUGGUGAUGUAUGACCACAACACACAGAGGCCAAGAGGCUUUGGCUUCAUCACUUUUGACUCAGAGGAGUCUGUUGACAUGGUUCUUCACAAGACCUUCCAUGAGCUAAACGGCAAAAUGGUUGAGGUUAAAAGAGCAGUGCCAAAGGAGCAGCCUUCAUCAGCUCUUCCUCCUGCUAACCGAAGUCCGGUUAUUAACCCGGUUAUUGGGUAUGGUAAUAAUAACUAUGGAGGAGUAGUAGUCUCUAAUAGGCCAUCUGGUAAUAAUAGCUACUUCAAUAGUUUUGCUCCUGGUUAUAGUAACAACAUAGCCCCUCCUGGCUCUAGGUUUAGUCCUAUUGGUAGCGGUAGGAAUGCUUUCUCUAACUUUGGUCUUGGUUUGAACCAAGAACUGAGUAUGAAUGGGAACACUAUUGGGUUUAAUCGGAUCCCUGGGAACCAAUACUUCAACAAUGCUUCACCAAACCGUUACAACUCUCCAAUAGGAUUCAACAGAGGAGACUCUGCUUACAACCCUAGCAAUAGAGACUUGUUGUGGGGAAACAGAACUGAUUCUUCUGGUCCUGGUUGGAACUUGGGUGUCUCUGUUGGUAACAACAGAGGAAACUGGGGCCUUUCUGAUACUAACGGUUAUGGGAGAGGCUUUGGGACAGGUUCUGGACUUUCUGCGUUGUCAUUCUCUGGUAGUAACAACAACAACAACAAUACAAACGGUUUUGGUGAGUCCAUAGGGGAAAUGUACAGAGGGAACUCGGUUUAUAGCGACUCAACGUGGCAGCAGACGAUGCCUCAUCAGUCUUCUAAUGAGUUAGACGGCUUGUCUCGCUCUUAUGGCUUUGGUUUUGACAAUGUAGCUUCAGACCCAUCUGGUAAUGCCUCUGGAAGCUACAGUGUGGGAGGGAAUAGAGGUAUUGAAGCAUAGUUUGAAGAGUUGUUAUGUGAUAUCAUCAAAAACUUCAUCACAGUGAGUUCCUGUUUUUUUAGCAUCAAGAAAAAGAGUUUAUUACUGUUUUUAAUUCUUACAUAAAGAGAAGAUCAGAGUGGUAGCUGCAAAGAUACAAAGAUGUGGAUGAUAAAAGAGAUUUGGUGGUGUCUGAGAUCAUCUUCAAUAGCAAAUAACUAGAGAGAUCGUUGAUUCUCGAUCACUAUUCUUUAGAUUCUCCAAAAAGAUUCUUCAUGUUGUGUGCUCUUGUUUGUAACUCUAAUUGUUAAUGUUUUUUUUCUUUCUUUACAGAUUUAUUUUAUCUUUUGGUUUAAACUUGUUUGAUUCGAAUUGUUCAUGAGAGAACUUUAUGAUUUUUCUAUUUAGUGUGAGAGUAAAGCAUUGUGCAAAAGGGCUCCAAAAUGAUUUAUAUAGUUUUUUGCAUUUGAUAUUUUCCUUCUGUUAAAGCAUUAAUAAAAAUCUGUUGAGG